UAAGACUCGUGCCAAAAGUUGCCCCUCUAAAGCUUGAGAAUAUUUUCAUUCUGAUCCUCCUGAACGCUUACACUACCAAUUCUCUCUGCGUACAUAAUUUUCUUGCACAGACAAAAGGCCAAGAAAUCAAAAUUGUCACUAAAGCGAGAAUGUUCGGAGUAGUUUUUCCAAAUCGUAGCUUCCCCCUAGACAUCUCCACCUUCGCCCAAAUUGAUACGUUCCACUGGGUCUUGGACAUGAAUCACUUCGUCGGUGAGGAGUAUGAUUCGAUCCGAGAAGUCUGCAUAUUUUUGCUCAACAAUUUCACGCUCCCACCUGACAAGGCCUUAGCCGUCUAUAUCCAGUCUCCGGGCAGCCAUUUCUUGUUUUGUGGGGCGGUAAUGGUUUCACGCCCCUCCGCCGUGCUAUCAUUGCCGUGGCCCGAGCCUGGAAGCAACGCUGCUCAGCUGCAGCUAACUGCGCCUGAAGUACCGCCAUUGUCUGCCAAGAUUGGGGUGUCGGUGGAGGAUUUGGCGGCCCUGCCAUCCCUAGACGUGGCGGCUGAGAAGAAGAUUGAGCGGCUGGCCUUGAAAGUGGGUGAAAAUCUGUUCAAUUUCAUGCAGUCGUUUUGUGGUGUGGAUGGGUCGAAGCUGGUGGUGCCUAUGGAUAUUUUGGACAGGUGGUUUAAGAAGUUCCAGGAGAGGGCCAAGCGUGACCCAGAAUAUUUGAAAGGUUUUGCCUUGUAGAGAUGCUCUCACACACAGUGAUUCUCAUUUUGUUCCUUGGAAGCUUCUUGUUGCUGACAAUAGUUUAGCAAACUAUUGUUUUAACUGCCAGGCCAAGCAUUAACUUGAGGACUAUGUUGCAUUGUGGCCUCAUGCAGACUGGAUUGAUUCAAGUUUGGCCAAGAAUUGCAAAUGCUAAUGUGGACAUCUCUGCUAGUUGUUUACGCUGUUUUAUUUACUUUCAAUGAUUAAAAAAACAAGAAAGAAUUCUUUGGCACUAAAUUGUUGACAGCUUCCAAGCCAACCUCCUAGUUGUCAUCGUUUAAUCACUUCCUUUUUCACAAAGUAAUUGCUCAAGGAUUGUUAAUGUAUGAUUUGUUGUUUACUUAUUGAUUUGGAUCUUGCAUA